UAAUAAAUUAAUUAAAGCAACAAAACAACCUGGAGAGCCGGUUCGGAGCCGAAAGAGCCGGUUCUCUAAAAAGAGCCGAAAAUCCCAUCACUAGAGUGUAACUCCCACCCCUCCUCCCUCUGCUCAGUGCAAACACAAGGCUCGCGUGUGGCGUGAAGCAAAAAAAGUGAGCGAGAGAGUGAGAGAAAGAAAAAAAGAAACACGGCUCCAAAUAAGGAGCCGGCUCCCGUCGUUCACUUCAAAGAUCUGGCUCUCAGAGCCGUUUCGUUCACGACCGACACAUCACUAGCGUUCAGUAAAAAAGUUUUCUGUAGAGUCACAGAACUGCAGUUCAAUGAGCAAAUUAAUGCAUAUAUGCAUGUCUAACAACUGCUGUUGUCAAUAACUGUUUUUAGAGUUCAGAACUGCUAUCCCAAUAAAGAAGAUUCUUGAGUGGUAAUCUUGUCAGAAAGGUAGCUUAUAUGUCCACCUGUUUGACAUCAGAUGGGAGUCCUGGGAGGAGCCACAUAGGCUCCAUCCCGAGAAGGAGUGCAGAGGCAAAGGCGCAGAGAUAUUUACUUUUCCUCACUCAGACCAUUGAAUGCUGUUUUUUCCAAAACCAGUUGAGCAAGUCACAGUGUACUACACCCAGAGUAUUCACUGUUUAUUUACGAUGUCUCCACUUUGUAAAAUGCAGGUUUAUUCUCGCCUUCUGAAAUGUGGCUGCAUUUUCCUACUAUUGGCUAUUUUUGUAUUCAUCUCCAUGAUAUAUGUCAUGGACAUUCUCGAGUUUCAGAAGAAAAUAAACACCACCUACAUCAUCCCCUACCCAAGAGCUGCCAUUGUAACUCAACCUGUUGACAUACAUUACAAAUUCUGCAAGUUAAAACCACUGUCCCCUGAGGAGUCUCUUGAAGAACAACUUCUGUUAGAGUCCAUUGCUUGGCCUGAAACCCCAUCUUUACCAUCACCUCUUAUUAUGAACAGCAGCAGUGAUCCAGCCCACAGCACCUUCACCAUUCUCCCCAGGAAGAGAGAGGGACAGUGGCAAAUAGGGGAUAAACUGGAGGCCCUGAUCAAAAUAUAUGACUUGAUGGGCCGUCCAAAGAAGUAUGGGGGAGACGUCUUACUUGCCCGGCUGCACAACCCCACCCUUGGUGCUGGUGUUGCAGGACAAGUGGUGGAUCAUCUCAAUGGUUCCUACUUUGCUGUAUUCUCUUUACUCUGGGAAGGAAGCGCACAGGUUGAGGUGACGCUGGUUCAUCCCAGUGAGGCAGUCACAGAGCUGCGCAGGGUGAACAUAGAAGAACUCGACAGGAUCUACUUCAAGAGUCAGUUUCGCUCGAGCUUGCUCACUAGAACAACCACCUGCAACGUAUGUUUACGUCCAACCCAGCCUGUGUGCAACUACACUGAUUUACGUACAGGUGAGCCAUGGUUCUGCUAUAAGCCAGCAAAUAUGAGUUGUGACACCAGGAUCAGCAACUACAAUGGAGGAUAUAAAACAAGCCUAACAACCAUGGAGAAGCUUUUUCAGAGUGGCGUAAACAUGAAAGUCUUCCUUCCAGCUUCAGGACCUGCCAGUGUCACUGUUUUUCCAAAACAGAAAGGUCAGUCAGAGGUGAGCAGCAGCAGUGUGGAGUCUGAACCGUCUGGCUAUUAUUACCAGGGUGUGUGGCGAGCACUAGGUGGCACUACCGUUCAUCAGUUCAACACUUCCUCAGCCAUCACUCAGUGUCUGAAAGGAAAGGUGGUCCAUAUGUAUGGAGACUCCACAAUGAGGCAGUGGUUUGAGUACCUUAAUGCAGCACUACCAGAUCUAAAGGAGUUUAACCUGCAUAGCCACAAAUCAAUCGGACCUUUAAUGGCUCUGGACUAUGCAAAUAACAUCCUUGUGAGGUAUCGCACCCACGGUCCUCCUCUACGUACUGUCAGCGUCCCAUCCAUGGAGCUGCAUUAUAUUGCCAAUGAGCUGGACAAUGUGGUUGGAGGCAGUAACACUGUAGUAGUUUUUGGCAUCUGGGCACACUUUGACAAUUUCCCUAUUGAGUUCUACAUCCGUCGACUGAUGUCCAUCCGCAGUGCAGUGGUACGGCUACUGUCCAGGGCUCCGGGCACAGUGGUUGUCAUUCGGACUGGAAACCCCAAACCUUAUACAAUUCAUGGUGCAUUUGUCAACAGCGACUGGUACACUUUUCAGCGGCUAAAGGCACUCAAGGCUAUAUUCAAAGGAUUGAAUGUCCAUCUGGUGGAUGCCUGGGAGAUGGUUCUGGCCCACCACCUGCCACACAGCAUGCACCCACAACCUCCAAUUAUCAAGAACAUGAUUAAUGUUCUGUUGUCCUACAUAUGUUCUCCCAAGGGUGGAUAGAUGUGUUUCAGUACUCCAUGUAUUAAUAUAUUCAGUCCUCAUCUAAUCUAUCUACUUCACUCUUCACAGUGCAGUUUAUGAAGACUGCUCCGGUUUUCACAGUUCCACUGUGAUGUCAACUCUUGGCUUCUCCUUAGACUUCAAUUGGGGCUUUUUUUUAAUUAGUGCUUUUAUAUUUACUGAGGGAAAAACAAUUCUGUUAUCCCUUUCGUAUUUUCUGUUUCUUUCAGUAUUCAUAAUAUUAAAUCAAAAUCCAUUUCAAAAAGCCAGUUUAACUUUUUAGUUAUUACACCAAACAUAAAAUAGUAACAUGAGGGGGUAAAAAUGAAAAACAACCAGCAAAGCUGACAUGUUCCAGUGUGUUCCUAAGAUGGGAAGAACCUAAAAUAUUAUGCUGUCUCUAAAUGUGAUUUUAUAUAAUUAUGUGUUUCCAUUGUGCUGGUCAACCAAUUACAUCACUCGGAUUUGGUGCUUCACUGAAUGUCCAACCCAUUUUUCCUUUUUAUAUGCCUCGUUGUCAGUGUGAAGAGAGGCCGGUAAGGAAGCGGGCCAAAGUUAUUCUCCAAAUCUGUGUCACAGCUUAUCGAUCCCCCCACCAGCCAUACAUGGUUGCCAUUCUCUGUGCCUGGUGCUGCUGCAGGUUUCUUCCUGUUAAAAGAGGGAUUUUCUUUCCCACUGUUACCAAAUGCUCAUUCGUAGGAGCCAUUUAAUUGUUGAGAUUUCUCACUAUCUGUUUAUUAUUGUAGGGUAUUUACCUUACAAUAUAAAGCACCUUGAGGUGACUGAUCUUAUGAUUUGUAACUAUUUAUCCUCCUUGUUUGAUACUAAGUAUGCAUCUUGUUUAGGCUAAGCAAACAAAACUGCUGGACAACAGGAUCAGUGGGAAUUUAACAGGCUGUGAACAAUCAACAUAACUCUAUUGUUUUAAGUCCAUCCAGCUGGUUAUUAUGGUUGACUGCCAGCCCUGAAUUUGUUUCUUGAUUUUGCAAAAUUUUGUAAUUCUGUGCCUGAGAAUGCCUCACACACUUUCUUCUUUUGUUUCCACAUUGCAGACUGUUUGGAAACCAAAGGUUUUUUUUUCCUCCCUGUUCACUGAACUUAGCUGGAGUGAACUGGUGAUUAAUAAAGAUUUUUUUUUUUUCUAAGUAUACUGAAGUAUCUGGGACAUGAUUUGUUGUUUCUUAAGUGUGAAGUAGUUUUUCCUUUCCUCUUGCAUUGUGCUUGCUAAUUUGUGUCUGAAAGGUGUUUGGAAAAUGUCAUGUGACUAUGUGGUGCAUGAAUUAUUUGGAGAGGUUGUUCUGAGUUGAUUUUUUUUUAAAAUCAUUUUCACAAUAUACAGAUAGAUGCUGAUUAUUGUUUCGCUAGCUUGCCAAUUAUGUCCAGAAUUGAA